ACAAAAAAGCAAUACUAGAGCGGCAAACAAUUGCAUCCUGGAGUUCCCCUCAAAAUUGCCAAUCGUAGUCUUUAUCAGCCAACGAAACGCCGUUACUGGAGCAUUUUUGAGUACCAUGUCGCGCUCUCCCAGCUCUGCGGCCGAAAUGUCUGACGCUGCUGAGCACACGGACCCUUCUCCUAUGGAGGAGGUUCAGGACCUCACCGGCGAUGCGGGUGACGCUGCCGAGGACGAGGAAGUCGAGCCGGAUAUGAGACUUGAGAGCGAGGAGUACCGGACCUGGAAGAAAAACACGCCGUUCUUAUAUGACCUCGUGAUAACCCACUCGCUUGAUUGGCCCUCACUGACUGUCCAGUGGCUCUCUGCGCCAACUAACAACACGUCAGAUUUCUGCGAGUAUGAGCUCCUACUGGGCACAAAUACGUCGGGAGCGGAGCAAAACAAGGUGAUGAAGGCGAAAGUGUGGCUGCCCUUAGACGACGCGUGCAAGCUGAAUGAAGACACCCAAGAGUUGGGUGACUACAAUAAUGCCGUUGAGCGCAAGAUGAAGACCUCGCUUAGUUUUAGCCACCAAGGCGAGGUGAACCGAGCGCGUUGCAUGCCGUCCGAUAACCUCUUUGUGGCGACCAAGACCCCUAGCGCUGAAGUGCACGUGUUCGACAUUUCGAAGAUCAAAACUGAUGCUGGAGAAAGUAUUGAACCGACACACCGACUACUGGGCCACGGUAAGGAAGGCUACGGCCUCUGUUGGGACCCGCACCAAACGCACCACCUCAUUUCCGGUUCCAACGACGCGAUCAUUUGCGAAUGGGAUAUUACCAAGGCUGGCACAACAGUCGAGCCUCUGCACAAGUACACUGGCCACAGCGACGUCAUUGAGGAUGUGGCAUGGCACUGGCAUCACCCGAAGAUCAUCGGCUCGGUCGGUGAUGACAAGAAGCUGCUCAUCUGGGAUAUGCGGUCUGAGAGCUACGACAAGCCAGCGGCGACCGUAUUGGCUCACUCGGCUGAAGUCAACUGCCUCGCGUUCAGUCCAUCGAACGAGUACCUCGUCGCCACGGGGUCAUCUGAUAAGCAGAUUAACUUGUGGGACCUGCGCAACCUAAAGACCAAGCUGCACUCCCUGGAAGGCCACACGGACGAGAUCUAUCAGAUCCAGUGGUCGCCGCAUCAUGAUGGCGUCCUCGGUUCCUGCUCUGCUGAUCGUCGUGUACUCAUUUGGGACCUCACCAAGAUCGGAGAAGAGCAAGCAGCUGAAGACGCCAAGGAUGGCCCGCCUGAGCUGCUGUUCAUUCAUGCCGGCCACACAGCAAAUGUUGUGGACUUUUCGUGGCAUCCGAACGAACCGUGGGUGGUGUCGUCGGUUGCCGAGGACAACAUUCUGCAGAUCUGGCAGAUGGCUGAACACAUUUACGAUGGUGAAGAUCAGGAUACCGACCAGAAGGAGAUCACCGACGACGACCUCGAGUAGUGAAAGUUUUGCUUAGAGAAUUAAAAAAAAGUGGGAUCUUCGGAUGAAAGGAUAUCUGAAAUCGAAUAAAAUGCGACGUGACAUUUUGAUGGACGACACCAAUAAAACGAAUACAUGUAUAAUCAUUCCGA